UGUAAGGUAUACGCACAAUUAAUUUAGUUUUGUUUUGAUUAAGAAACUGCACAUAAAGACAUGUAUAAACAUUAUUUGAAAUUGAAAUAUAAAGUUCAAAGGAACAUACUACGCUUACCCCUCCGACAAACCCAAUAUCUUCAACUGUUUUUGGUAGGGUUUGUGUUGCUUAGUCUCUCGGAGUUUUAUGUAGUAUUUUGUGGACUUGUUUACUAUUUGUCUUUGCUUUGUCACAGGGUUGUUAGUGUUUCUUCGAUAUUUGAUCACCAGCCCUGUAGUCAACAUUUUUCUGUAGACAUGAAGAUCACGAAUGUGUUCAUUUAAAAAAAUAUCCUGUUUACAAAACUUUUCUUAUCCCAGGCAUAGAUUACCUUAGCACGUUUUUGCAAUACUUUUUGGAUAUUUGGAUCAUCGAUGCUCUUCAACUUUGUGCUUGUUUUGCUUUAUAAAUAUUAAGAUAUGAGCGUAACUGACAAGUCUUAUGGAGACGAAACACGCGUCUGCCGUACUAAAUUACAAUCAUGGUACUUUGAUAACUAUUCUCCGAUAUUUGAGUUGUGAAAGAUACUUGAAUUUACUACGCUUCUUUUAUGAUAUGAUAAUUUAAGAAGACGUCAGAUAUCAGGAUAGUUGGUAUUACAAAUAUCUUCGAGCCUGCAUUGUCAAGUUCAAAACAUAAACAUCCGUGCAAAUUUAUAUCAAAGAUUAUAAAUCAAGUACAGUAAAGCAUGUGAUCACAAAAAGUAGUUACGUAAUCUAGUACACAUAGAACAAGAUAACACCUGGUUAAAAAUAAAAAAAAUCAAACAUGUCGUUUAACUAGACUACCAGUAUGUAUUUAAAGAUAAAAUAUUGUACCAGAAAUUUGAUUUGAGGACAAAAUGGGUGGUGUUGCAUCGAGAAAUGAAAACGUAGACACCGAAACACAACCAAAAGUCAAAACAUUAGACGAUUUGAACAAAGUAAAAGACAACAACAAUAGAAAGAAAUUUCCUGAUCCCAAACCACCAAAACGAUGUAAGAAAGAUAUUCUACCUGAUGUGUCAAAACUGAAGCAUAUUGACGAUCAUGUGAUGAAGACUCCAAGAUAUGCAGAACGAUCCAUUGAAAAACUUACAGAGUACUUAAUUAAACCAGCAACAAACGAUAUAGAAAAAGUGAGAGCAUUCUAUAAAUGGGUUACCGAAAAUAUCAGUUAUGAUACAGACUCCUAUUUUGGAAGGAAGCGAAAUGUCUCCAAUGAUCCUACGUCAUUGUUGUCCUGUAAAAGUAGUGUGUGUGAUGGUUAUGCUUCUAUAUUCCAGUUACUAUGCGAUCAUGCUGGAAUACCGGUAAUGAAAAUCAGUGGUCAUUCUAAAGGAUACAGCUACAAACCAGGUUUUAACUUUUCUAAAGACACCCCGUCUAACCAUGCUUGGAAUGCUGUCUAUGUCUGUGGAGAAUGGCGUUUUAUCGAGACAACAUGGGGAGCUGGAACCGUCGGGGACAACAAACAUUUCAAAAAGAAUUUCACAGAGUUUUACUUCCUCACAGAUCCCAAACACUUCAUUGCUGACCAUUAUCCAUGUUUUGAUAACGACGAUGUAGAGAGCGCAAAAUGGCAGCUUUUGAAGAAACCUUUCACGCUAGAAACAUUUAAUAAGAGAAUAAAACCCUCCCGACACGCCCGAGAAUGGGACAUAAGAUUUACGUCUCACAAAAUGAAUGUGUUAGAAAUGAACAAAACUAUUGAUAUAAAAUUUCGUACAAAAUCUACGAACUUGGACGACGUUAACGUCAAGCUGUUUGAUUCGAAGGGAUGUAACAGAGAACAGUAUGUCGGAAUAAGAAAGCAAAACAAAACAUUUUCUGUAACUGUGACACCACCUUCUAAUGGGAAGUAUACGUUGGAAGUAUAUGGUACAGUCGGGGCUGAUUCUAACACUUUAGAAUGUCUUAUAACUUAUGUGAUAAAAUGUCAGACUGUAGAGAGUGCCAUCAGUCCCUUUCCAAAAUUUGAUAGUUUCUACGGACCCGUCGAAAACUGGAAGGAAAGGGGUUUAAAAAAUGUCGGAAAAAUACCAACAUCGAUAACCUCCAAAAAUGGAGAAGUAUGUGUACCAAUCAAAAUCAAAGAUGGCACAAAGGUCAUGGCAACAUUAAAGAACAGUGAUGACGUCAAACUUGUUCAGUAUACGCUUUUAGAAAUGGACAAGCAUUUGAAACUGCGAGCUAGAUUACCCAAGAAAGGAUAUUAUCGUUUGACUGUUUUUAGUCAGUUUAAUUCAGAAAGCAGUUAUACACCAGCCGUGAAUAUCCUUAUUCAAAACUUAAGAGAACCAGAUAUAACGAGUCCUUUCCCACAAACAUACCCAGAGACAUUAAAAUUUAAGAGUUGUCUCGUAGAACCAACUAUGCGUGAUCUUCCCGCCAACAAGGAAGUGCGGUUCCGUUUUAGUUCAUCUGUUAUGUCAGAAGCAGCUAUAGCAAGGGAACAUAUUGCAAGAAAGACUUCGAAUACAUGGGAUACAACGAUUAAAACGCCUCCUUUUGGUGAAGUUCGUAUCAGUGGUAAAAUGAACAAUGACGAAACAUCUUGGGUUGUUUAUAGCUUCAUAGUGAAAUGAAUUUAAAAAAAACCCAGUAAGAAUUUAAAUAUCUUGCAACAAGUUAAAGUUGCAAGGAUCAAUUGAGUACUAUGCAAUUAUUGAUUUUACAUUAG